CUAAAGGAUCAGGAAGAGGCAGUGACAUGGCUACCCAACAAUCUCUGUUAGAGAAGCCUAAAAAGCCCGUUUCCAAAACUAUCUGCUUACUCCUUUCUGUAAUUGCAGUUCUCAGUUCAUCAGCUUUUGUUGCUUCUUAUAUCUUCAAACCAUCCUCAGUCUUCAACGAUUCCUCCCUUAACCAUGUCUGUGAUCACGCACUUGAUACUACAUCCUGCUUAGCACAUAUCUCUGAACUAACCCAAACUCACAGGUUCAACACAGCAAAACCCCACAAAUUCGAUUUGCUCAAAUCGUUCCUGAUAAAACACACCUCAGAUAUUGAGAAAGCCAUGGGCGAAACCAAUGCUAUCAGACUCAGGGUCAACAAUCCGAGAGAGGAAGCAGCUUUGAAGGAUUGUGUGGAUCUGAUGGAGUUGUCCUUGGACAGAGUUUGGAACUCCAUGUUAGCACUGACAAAACAAACCACUGAGUCGCAUCAAGAUGCACACACGUGGCUAAGUAGCGUGCUAACUAAUCAUGCAACUUGCUUGGACGGAUUAGAGGGUGCGGCUCGCAGUGUUAUGGAGGAUGAACUUGAGGACUUGAAAUCUAGGUCAAGAACCGCUCUGGCCAUUCUUGUUGAGACGGUUUUGCCACCGAAGAUAAUUGACGAACCCCUUAAUGGGGACUUUCCCUCAUGGGUUAGCAGCAGGGAUCGGAGGCUGUUGGAGAGUGGGGUUGGGGACGUCAAGGCUAAUGUCGUGGUGGCUCAGGAUGGGAGUGGAAAGUUUAAGACUGUCACUGAGGCUGUUGCAUCAGCACCGGACAAUGGCAAGACAAGGUACGUUAUUUAUGUGAAAAAGGGAACAUAUAAAGAACAUGUUGAAAUUGGUAAGAAGAAGAAAAACAUCAUGCUCGUCGGUGACGGUAUGGAUGCAACUAUAAUCACCGGAAGCUUGAAUUUCAUCGACGGAACUACAACCUUUAACAGUGCCACCGUUGCUGCUGUGGGUGAUGGAUUUAUAGGUCAAGACAUAUGGUUUCAGAACACAGCGGGAGCGGCGAAACACCAAGCUGUGGCUCUUCGCGUUGGCGCCGACCAAUCUGUGAUAAACCGUUGUCGCAUAGAUGCCUUUCAGGACACUCUCUACGCACACUCCAACAGGCAGUUUUACAGAGACUCUGUCAUCACUGGCACUAUUGACUUCAUUUUUGGAAAUGCUGCUGUUGUUUUCCAAAAGUGCAACCUGGUGGCCCGAAAGCCGAUGAGUAACCAAAAGAAUAUGGUGACGGCUCAAGGAAGAGAAGAUCCAAAUCAAAAUACAGGAACUUCAAUUCAACAAUGUAACCUAACACCGAGUUCAGAUCUUAAGGCUGUUGUGGGUUCCAUCAAAACUUAUCUGGGUCGACCUUGGAAGAAGUAUUCCAGGACUGUUAUCAUGCAGUCGUCGAUAGACAGCCAUAUUGACCCAACAGGAUGGGCAGAAUGGGAUGCCCAGAGUAAGGACUUUUUGCAAACGUUGUAUUAUGGAGAGUACAUGAACAGUGGAGCAGGUGCUGGAACUAGCAAGAGAGUGAAUUGGCCUGGUUACCAUAUCAUCACAAGCGCAGCAGAAGCCAGCAAGUUCACAGUAACACAACUCAUCCAAGGAAAUGUUUGGUUGAAGAACACUGGUGUCAACUUCAUUGAAGGUCUCUAAAUGCUUCUAUUGUGCUUUUCAUUUCAGAGGAAAUUAAGUAAAGGAAAACAUGCUUACCAUGGUUUUCUCAACUGCUGCUCACACUGUGUUUGAAAAUGAAAUAUUAAAUAAUUCCCAUCAGACCAACUUUCAUUUGUUUCA